GUUGGAUUGGUUUGGUCGGCCUUUUGUAAUUCAUAGAGCCUUCUUCAUUCUCCACGUAUGCUGACACAGAUUGAGGUGGGAAAAUGACAAUUCUUUGAUCGUUUAGUUUCCUCCACUGCUUCAAUCUCCAUUAUCUCGACGAUCUCCAGAGCUUCGGUAAAUAUCAUUCUCAUUCUCAUAAACCCUCGUUUCAGAAUACUGUUAGGUUUGCCUUUCUCCCGAUUUCACUAUGCAUUGGACUACACUGUGACUUCUGAUGUUAAUAUUGUUCAUCCAUGGCCUCCCUGAAAAUUUCCUUCCCUUUGGACUCUUUCGAUUCUAAGAAGUUCGAUUUUCCGGUCAAAUCGGCUCUGCUGUCCGAUAUCUGCUCUGUUUUCUCCAUCACUGGUUAUAUUCAUCUCAAUAAGUCCUGCAUACUCUACUCCCUGGCUAGGGUUCACAAGCCCUCUAAGGUUUCUCAGGUUGAACCAGAGGCGUCGGACAUUUACCAAUCGAAAUUUGUUGAUGAUGAAAUUGGCGCCAGGAAGAAGUAUGUCGGAAAUAAGAAGCCAUCGAAGCGGGCGCCAGGUUCGUAUUUUAGUUUCAGUAGGAAUUGUAGUGAGAAGGUUUUCGACAAUAUUAUUUUUAACGGUGGCGAAAUGGAUGUCAAUUACUCCACUAUUUCGUCCGAUUUGAGCUUAGAGGAUUGCAAUGCUAUUUUGAGAAAGCUAGAGAAGUGUAAUGAUGGUAAAACACUGGUUUUCUUUGAAUGGAUGAGAAGAAAUGGGAAAUUAGAACACAAUGUGACUGCCUAUAAUCUGGUUCUUCGAGUGUUGGGUAGGCAAGAGGAUUGGGAUGCUGCGGAGAAGCUAAUUAGACAAGUUAGAGCUGAUUUGGGUUCUCAGUUGGACUUUCAGAUUUUUAACACUCUUAUUUAUGCUUGUUAUAAAUCGGGGCUCGUGGACCGGGGUGCUAAAUGGUUCCGAAUGAUGUUGGAGUGCCGAGUACAGCCCAAUGUUGCAACCUUUGGGAUGCUUAUGGGUCUCUGUCAGAAGGGCUGUAACGUUGAGGAGGCAGAGUUUGCCUUUAGUCAGAUGAGGAGCUUCGGAAUCGUCUGUGAAGCGAUGUAUGCAUCUAUGAUUACUAUAUACGCGCGGUUGAGUUUGUAUGAUAAAGCAGAAGAGGUGAUUCAACUAAUGCAAGAAGAUAAAGUAACACCCAAUUUGGAGAAUUGGUUGGUGAUGCUUAACACUUACUGUCAGCAAGGAAAAUUGGAGGAUGCUGAACUUGUAUUUGCCUCAAUGGAAGAAGCCGGAUUUUCCUCCAAUAUCAUUGCAUAUAAUACCUUAAUUACUGGGUACGGAAAGGUGUCAAAUAUGGAUGCUGCUGAACGCCUAUUCUUGGGCAUCAAGAACUCUGGAGCAGAACCCGAUGAAACGACUUACCGCUCCAUGAUUGAAGGUUGGGGUCGAGCUGGUAAUUAUGAAAUGGCAGAAUGGUACUAUAAGGAGCUCAAGCGGAAAGGAUAUAUGCCAAACACCUCUAACUUGUUCACCCUGAUAAACUUGCAAGCCAAACAUGAGGAUGAAGCAGGUGCACUUGAAACUCUUGAUGAUAUGCUAAAGAUUGGAUGCCGGCCUUCUUCCAUUGUUGGAAAUGUUUUGCAAGCAUAUGAAAAAGCUAGAAGAAUAAAAAGUGUGCCUCUCCUGUUGACUGGGUCGUUCUAUUGUAAAGUUCUGUCCAGCCAGACAUCUUGCUCGAUUCUGGUAAUGGCUUAUAUGAAGCACUGUUUAGUGGAUGACGCUUUAAAAAUUUUGAGGGAAAAAGAGUGGAAUGAUCAUAAUUUUGAGGAGAAUUUGUACCAUUUGCUAAUUUGCUCAUGUAAAGAGUUGGGCCAGCUCGAGAAUGCUAUUAAGAUUUACACUCAACUGCCUAAACGUGAAAAUAAACCGAACUUGCACAUUACGUGCACAAUGAUUGACAUUUACAGCAUCAUGGGUAAAUUCUCAGAGGGGGAGAAGCUUUAUCUAAGCCUGAGAUCAUCAGACAUUCCACUGGAUUUGAUUGCCUUCAAUGUUGUUGUGAGAAUGUAUGUUAAAGCUGGGUCAUUGGAAGAUGCAUGCUUGGUUCUUGACUUGAUGGACCAGCAGCAAGACAUUGUUCCAGACGUUUAUCUGUUGCGGGACAUGCUUCGUAUUUAUCAACGAUGUGGCAUGGUGGAUAAGCUAGCAGAUCUGUACUAUAGGAUUCUGAAAAGUGGAGUGUCUUGGGAUCAGGAAAUGUAUAAUUGUGUCAUAAACUGCUGCUCCCGCGCUCUGCCUGUUGAUGAGCUUUCCAGGCUUUUUGAUGAAAUGCUCCAUCGUGGUUUCGCUCCAAAUACUGUGACCUUGAACGUCAUGCUUGACGUUUAUGGGAAAUCCAAGCUUUUCACCAAGGCUAGAAAUCUGUUCGGGCUGGCUCAAAAAAGAGGCUUGGUUGAUGUAAUAUCGUAUAAUACAAUGAUAUCUGCUUAUGGAAAGAAUAAGGACUUCAAAAACAUGUCAUCUACAGUUCAAAAAAUGAAAUUUAAUGGCUUUUCAGUUUCCCUUGAAGCAUACAACUGUAUGUUGGAUGCUUAUGGAAAAGAAUGCCAAAUGGAGAGCUUCAGGAGUGUCUUACAGCGAAUGAAGGAAUCAUGUGCUGAACGUGACCGCUACACGUAUAACAUCAUGAUCAACAUCUACGGAGAACAGGGAUGGAUUGAUGAAGUUGCGGAAGUGCUAACAGAACUGAGAGAAUGUGGACUUGAACCUGAUCUGUACAGCUACAACACAUUGAUCAAGGCAUAUGGAAUUGCGGGAAUGGUCGAAGAAGCCGUUCUGUUGGUGAAGGAAAUGAGAGAAAAGAGAAUCGAACCCGAUAGGAUAACUUACAUUAACAUGAUCAAAGCACUACAAAGAAACGAUCAAUUCUUAGAGGCAAUCAAGUGGUCCUUGUGGAUGAAGCAGAUGAAAUAUUGAAGUUCAAAAAUGCCAAAACACAAUGAAACAGGUGUUUGCCCUCAAGUCCAUCAGCCCCCAGAUACAGGCGAUAUUCCUGUCUCUACUUCUGUUCAAUUGUAUACAGGGAACACCAAAGACUGUUUGGUUUCUGAGAAAAUCCAUGAUUCCCUGACCACAGUGCUGCCUUCAAGAUGUCUAUUGAUAAAGAUAUUAGAAUCAUAAACCAUCAUAAGCUGAAGCAUGGAUUUGUUGGAAGGCAUGCUUCAAGGGCAACAGAGAAACAAAUAGGUUUAUAUUGUUUAUAUGUCUCAAUAAUUGUCAUUAUUUUGCUAAAAUAUACCUUAAAAAAAGUGUAUAUGUAUAUUU